CUUUAAAAUUCUAAAAUUUGGGCCCGUUAGUAUUAAGACGGAUACCCAUGAGAACAACAAAAAAUGCGUUUAACGACCGUCGCAUUUUCAUUUUCCAAUAUCCAAUGGUUGGUCUCCACGUGUACAGUAUUGGUCUCAGUAACCAAUGAUAGAAAGGCUGUGACGACGUUCAUCGAUCUCUUUUGUUUUUUAAUGUGGUGACAGACAAGCAGACAGGAGGGACAAGACUCUUCCAGACAAAAUACGAGUUUGUGUUCGAUUCUCUGCUAAAUCCUUCUUCAAGUGUUUAUUCUCCGGCGUAAUAAUGACAACUUCGAAGAGGCUAGCAGACAGGAAGAUAGAGAAGUUUGACAAGAACAUUACAAAAAGAGGUUUUGUUCCUGAGACCACCACCAAGAAGGGUAAGGAUUACCCUGUUGGACCUAUCUUGCUCGGUUUCUUUGUCUUCGUCGUCAUUGGUUCAUCUCUCUUCCAGAUCAUCAGAACUGCAACUAGCGGAGGCAUGGCAUAAACGAAAUCUCUUCUUCUUUCUUCUCUCACUUUUUUUUUUUCCUUUAAUACUACUGUAGAAUGCUUUAUACUUUCUGUUGUGAAGAAUUUGAGAGUAGUUACUGUAUGAACUAUCAAACCGUUUUGCAUUGUCUUCAUUAAAGUUAGUUGCCGUUGUUAUACUUUUGUAUUCUUACUUGGUUCGCCAUAUUUGAUAUUACCAAAUACAACUAGGUUUUAGAUUAUUUCUCGCGUUUUAACGAAACAAUCAG